ACGUGCCGUACCGCACCAGUCUGGUUCCGAAUCGGGUCGGACAGGCCAGUGGAAAAGGGGAGGUCUCCCAUCCAAGUACUGACCAGGUCCAGCCCCGCUUAGUUUCUGAGAUCUGACCAGAGCCGGCUUUCAGGGUGGGAAGGCUGUGAAGCAUCUUGUUUUGUAAGGUUGCAUUUGAAACCUUAGCUGGGACCAACUCAAAAUGACAACCCGCUCACCUCACUUAUCAGAUCUGUAUUUCAUAGAGUUAUCUUUCUCUUUUUUGUAAGUAUCUCAUUUCUUCUACUCAUAAAAAGAAAACGCUAUUGAAUACAGUUUUGUAAGUGUGAUUAGCGGGUUGUCAAAGUUUUGAUUUUGCCAUAUGUAUUCAAUAUAAAUCACACCGCAUUAAUACAAUGAAACUUACGCGUCGUGACCUGUAUUGCAUUCUAACUUUGUUCUGUAUUGUAUUCCUUUUAGAAAAGUGUCGGUAAUUUGUGUUGAAGCCGCUGAGCCCACGUGCCUGUAAAACUUUCAGUUUUGUUUUCAGAAAAAAAGAAGCUGCGCGGAAUAAGGCUUGUGAAAUAUGAUGAAAUAGUUUUCAGUACCGCUCCGGUAGUAGCUAUAACAAGCUCGCAGGUUCCUGUUCCCGAACGGACGUCUGAAGUACCGUAUCCCAGGCAGAACAAAAAACAAUUUAAAAACACACAAAUAAAAACAAUAGCUCUCCUCCAUUUGAAACUUACCAGCAGAACUCAUGGAUAAGACUCCCCAAGCAUCCGUCGCCCCUGUGGAACAUGGAGUGUCUAGGAGAAAUAUGGCAAAGGUCAAAAACGAUUCAAAUGAGAGGGCGAGACUGAUAAAAAGUGGAUUGAAUUUUAUCUUGGAGUUCGGUAAACACAUUCAGUUUGAGUCUGACCUUGAGCGUCGGAAGGAAGUUAUGACUGAGGUGCUUCAUUGCAUAUUCUUCCUGGGUCACAUUUACAAAAAUCCUGUUCCACCGGUGAGCUUCUUCACCACAGAAGAACUCUUGCUGCAGUACAAGGAGCUGUUCCCCAGGGCGUUCCAGCAGUAUGCCAGCCAUCUGCCCACACGCACCCCCUUUUCCAUCCUGCUUGCUCUGGUUUCGAGGAGGAACGGUUCUACAAACAGUGAGGCUAUACUGAACCAUCUGGCCCAAAUUAAGAAAGAAUUGCAGGACGAUGACCAAGCUGAAAACAACUACACUCUCACAGCCACGGUCAUCACUGAGUGCUACUCAGGACACGGACAGGAGUGGUUCUACGGCGCGUCCCUGUCUUGUAGUGGCAGUGUAGAGACUAGGAUCAUGAUUGCCCUCUCAUGCAUCGAGACCUGGAACAAGGCUGUAGCACAUGCAGUCUGGAAUGCAGAGAUGAAAAGAAACAGUUGCAUCGAAUUUCCAAGCUAUGUGUUUUGCACAGCCUAUAAAAUAGAUCCUAAAUCAGACUCCUAUGUCACGAUAGCCCCACGUAGUAAAUGCUACACAAUCUUUACCGACGUCACAUUCAAGCCUCCUUUUUGUGGUGAAAGAGGCAGCGAGAAGUUUCGUCUUGGAAACUGUGCUGAAACCGAGUCUCUGAGUCACCUCCUUGAUGCAGAAGAAAAUGUCAGGAAUGAAACUAGAGCUUAUUUAGAUGGAAAAGAGGUCACUGUCGACAGAGCCAGCAUCAUAGAAGAGGCAAAGUUGAAAGCUAAAGAACUGCUGGGACCAAGACAUUUUGAAAUAACGGGUAACAUAUUUAAUUUCUUCCAGUCACAAUGAACGGGCUGCCUGAAGUCUAACCCUUACUGCAGCAGUGUGGAGUACCGGUUAGGGCUUUGGACUCUUGACCGGCGGGUCGUGGGUUCAAUCUCAGAACAGCUUUUAGCAUUCACCAAUUAUAAGGGAUCCCAGAUAAACACCCCAAAUUACUGUCUUAUAUUCACAACUAAUGAAAUAUUUUAACAGAAAAACUGUCUGCCAGCGUGGAACACCAAGGUCACACACACCGAUUCAAACUUUUAUUUGUGGUUACUGGCUUCAGUAACGCUGCUGGAUUGUGUUUUUUGAUCAGACUAUUUUUUGUUUUUUUGUUUUUUUUUCGAGAAUGGUGCUGUUUAAUAUCUCCAGUCCCUUUUCCAUCUCCACUAUCAUCCCUCGCCCCCCCCCUCGAGAAUGGUGCUGUUUAAUAUCUCUAGUCCCUUUUCCAUCUCCACUAUCGCCCCCCCUCGAGAAUGGUGCUGUUUAAUAUCUCCAGUCCCUUUUCCAUCUCCACUAUCACCCCCCCCCCUUGAGAAUGGUGCUGUUUAAUAUCUCCAGUCCCUUUUCCAUCUCCACUAUCACCCCCCCCCCUCGAGAAUGGUGCUGUUUAAUAUCUCCAGUCCCUUUUCCAUCUCCACUAUCACCCCCCCUCGAGAAUGGUGCUGUUUAAUAUCUCCAGUCCCUUUUCCAUCUCCACUAUCACCCCCCCCCUCGAGAAUGGUGCUGUUUAAUAUCUCCAGUCCCUUUUCCAUCUCCACUAUCACCCCCCCCUUGAGAAUGGUGCUGUUUAAUAUCUCCAGUCCCUUUUCCAUCUCCACUAUCAUCCCUCGCCCCCCUCGAGAAUGGUGCUGUUUAAUAUCUCCAGUCCCUUUUCCAUCUCCACUAUCACCCCCCCCCUCGAGAAUGGUGCUGUUUAAUAUCUCCAGUCCCUUUACCAUCUCCAAUAUCAUCCCUCGCCCCCCUCGAGAAUGAUGCUGUUUAAUAUCUCCAGUCCCUUUUCCAUCUCCACUAUCACCCCCCCCCCUCGAGAAUGGUGCUGUUUAAUAUCUCCAGUCCCUUUUCCAUCUCCACUAUCACCCCCCCCCUCGAGAAUGGUGCUGUUUAAUAUCUCCAGUCCCUUUACCAUCUCCAAUAUCAUCCCUCGCCCCCCUCGAGAAUGGUGCUGUUUAAUAUCUCCAGUCCCUUUUCCAUCUCCACUAUCACACCCCCCUCGAGAAUGGUGCUGUUUAAUAUCUCCAGUCCCUUUUCCAUCUCCACUAUCACCCCCCCUCGAGAAUGGUGCUGUUUAAUAUCUCCAGUCCCUUUUCCAUCUCCACUAUCAUCCCCCCCCCCCUCGAGAAUGGUGCUGUUUAAUAUCUCCAGUCCCUUGUCACGAAAUCCGCGUGUUCAGAUUUCUUUACGUACUCUUUUUAUUUGCUCAGCACACACUCUUAUCUCAGGGGAGACGUUAGGAGGACAGAGAUGUUAUUACUCCUAGUGGGAUAUAGUUUGUGCUCUGGACCCGCAGUAUACCCAGAUGACUAAUAUAGAACUCAAGAAAUUGACAGACUCAUGUAUUUAAAGUGUUUUUACGAAUCGGAGUAUGAUCAGUACUCGUUCGGUUUAUUAACGGUUAAAUAUUGGAUAGAGUAGCUACAGGCUACGGCGUAUCCCCAGCUGAAAGACACACUGGGCAGUCCAGUGUCUUAACAGAUAUCAACGUUAACACUUUAAUACAUGUAUAUAUGUGUUAAUCAAGGCCGACAAGCAGGCCAAGAACACGUCAUCUAAAGUACCCAAUGGUCUAUUUCAGCACGUUCAACAAAACUCUCUCUUAUUUCUAAAACAUAGCGUGAGUCCCUUAUGGCAAUACAUGCAAUACAUGUGAGAUAAAAUAAUAAUAAUUGCUUAAUGCUUACCCUUUAAUAUAAAUCGUAAAAGGAUAUGGCUGUCUUCACCAGGCAAAUGAAACUGAAUUCAAUCAGCUCAACUGUGUAGGUUUGCAAAAGAUGGACCACCUUGCCCUGUCUGGGAUGAGUGUGGUACUCCAUUGAAAUUACUCUGGAGUUUUAUAGGUUUUUCGUCUCAUUGGAAUACAUGGGACGCCUCAAUUAAAUCCAAUCAUUAAUCAGGUGAGACAGUUCUUAUCCAUUUUACAAACAAUAGUUUUCAAAAGAUCCGGACUAACUUUUCAGAAUUAAUAGGUGUCAUGUACUCAAUAAAUUCAAUAUCUCAUUUCUAACUCCAAACAUAUGAUCUCAUUUCUUUGCUUUCUUCCGAGCCCCUCCUUUAUCUGAAAAGUUAAGUGACCCAAGGUUCCCAGGAUCUUGGUUUAUAAUAUAAUAUAAAAACACUACUGCAUGCAAAACACUAAGUUUAUAUGUGUUAUAUAUGAGACAUGUUCUUAAUAUGUGACAUCAUCUUCUAAGUGAUUAUAUUAUGCUAAAUUAAAGGUAUGUGUUUCUUUUAACUUCA